UUUUUCGUAUGCUUACCGUAUGACUAUUGCUCUAUGCAUCUUCUCAAUGGUAGCAGAGUUAUAUCAUUUGCAAAGAAGAUUUCUCAGCCUUCCUUCACUGGUUUUCUUUCUGUUGCAGGUGAGAUUUUCUUAAGUUUAGGUGAGUCAGGGCAGGCAGAAGAAGAACCAUUUCAGUGGAUCUUUUCUUUAAGGAACUUCGGUAGUUUUCAUUGUCGGUUCUUUUGCAUAUAGUGCUGCUGCUUUUUCUCUGCAGUCACCAUCUCAAAACAAGCUAGUCAAGACAGGUACCUGCAGCCAUGGAUUUUGUUCUAAAUAAGGUUGAUAAACACUGGGACAACCAUAGAAGUCUUGACCAGAACAUGAUUACCCUAAAAAGAAAACUGGAGGGUUUAAAUGCCCUAAAGGAAGACACUUAAUCAAGAAUGAGACCAGAGUUGCUUCCGAGUAAGAAACUCAAGAAAGAAGUUCAUUUAUGGUUGAAAAAUGUUGAAAGAAUUAAUGGUGAAAUACAAAACCUUGAACAAAGAGUUGAGAAAACCCCUAUUUUCUUAUGUGGAUUUCACACAGAAAAUGUUUUAAAAAAGAUACAAGAAGUUGAGGAACUUCUGGCACAGGGUAGGUUUGAUCAAGGUUUGGUAGUUGAUGAGUUUACAUGGAUAGGACAAGCUUUGGCAACAACAACUUUAGUUGGAAAAGCUGCAGAUACAUGUUUGAAAGAAAUUUGGACAUAUUUGAUGGAUGAUGAUAUUCCAAAGAUUGGUGUUUGGGGAAUGGGAGGAGUGGGGAAAACAACCAUAAUGAAGAUUAUCAACAACCAACUUUUAAAAGAGACUAAAAAGUUUAAGAUUGUGAUAUGGAUCACUGUAUCAAGGGAGAUGAACAUCUCCAAAAUUCAAAAUGGUAUCUCACGUAAAAUGGGAGUAACCCUUCCUGAAGAUGAGGAUGAAACAAUAAGGGCAGGAAUGCUAUACGAAUUGUUGACUCGAAAAGGCAGGUAUGUGUUAAUUUUGGAUGAUCUAUGGGACACACUUUCUCUUGAAGAAGUAGGAAUCCCUCAGCCUUCUAAUGGAAGUAAGUUAGUGGUAACAACUCGGAUGCGAGAUGUGUGUCGCUAUUUGAGUUGUCGAGAAGUUAAAAUGCCUACUCUUCCAAAACAAGAUGCAUGGAGUUUGUUCUUGGAGAAAGUAGGUGGAGAUGUUUUGGAAUAUGAAAACCUGUUACCAAUCGUGGAAUCGUUGAUUGAAUUGUUGGUUAAAGGAUGCCCUCCUUUAGAAAUGUUGCCAUCUUUCUCAAAACUUGAAGCUUUAAAGAGGUUGGAUCUUACAGACACAAAAAUCAAGAAUCUCCCUCGUGGGAUGGAAAGGUUAGUAAAUCUCAAUUUUCUUCAUCUGGAUGUGGAAGAAGUCCCCAGUGGAAUAUUAUCAAAAUUAUCAUGCUUGCGAGACUUGGUGAUAGUUGAUAAUGAUAAACCGCAUCAAGCAUGCGUCAAAGGAGAUGAGAUAGGUGAGUUAAGGAAGUUGGAGUACUUUAGAGGGAGGUUUUAUGACUUGAAUGAAUUGAAUACUUUUGUGCAAGCUUUGCAGAGUCGAGGACAAGGGCUUAUUGGAUACCACAUUGGUGUGGGUGAUGAAAAAGUCUACAGUCAGCAUAAAUGGGAUAAACACAUUGAAUUAGAUGGUUGUAAAAUCUGUAGAGAUGGUGUUGAGUUCCCUUCCGAUCUGCAGCAAUUGAGCAUUAACCACGGCAUUAUUGAUUUCCCUGAAAAGGAGGCGUUUCUUCCAUGGUUUAUCUCAGCGCCAAACAGCAUGUUUUCUUUUCUUAAAGAAAUUUAUAUAUUUGAAUGUGAAAAAAUAAAAAAGUUGUUCACGAAGAGUUGGGUGCUAAGGAACGUCCCGAAUUUGGAAGUGCUAACUGUCUGGGGAUGUAACCGAAUGAAGGAAAUAAUAGCAUCAGAAAUGGAAUUGGUUGAAGAAGAAGGAAUGGGUGGUAUUAAGAGUAAUACCAUCCAAUUUACUCUUCCCAAAUUAAGGAUAUUGAAAUUGUUGUAUUUAGGACAACUGAGAAGUAUUUGUAGUGCAAAUAGAGUUAUGGUUUGUGAUUCUCUUGUAGAGAUUAUUAUCCAUUGCUGUCCAAAAUUACAGAGGAUCCCUCUGUAUCUUUGCCUGCAUGAUGAUGGCCAACCAUCUCCUCCUCCUUCUCUUAAAGGAUUGGCUAUAACUUCAAAGGAAUAUUGGGAGUCACUGAAGUGGGACCAUCCCAAUGCCAAGUCUCUAUUUAAGCCAAAGUUUUUAAGCUGGAGCCUCUGAUCUGUAUAUCUCUCUCCUUAUUUAAGACUGACAACAAUGCUUGAUUGCAAUCCCAUACGAGAUAUUGUUAAGGUGUAGCAUGCCUGUGUGCAUGAUUGUCAACAACACAGUCGUGGCCUAGGUUUUCUCCCAAAUUGAGCACAAGUUUGAUCCGAUGUAUGCCAAACAAGCCUUCAUUCAUUAGCAUGCAAGUGAAGGAACGAAGGCAGGUGAAUUCUUAGGAAGCCGGGAAGAUCUUGCCGCUCUCAAGAAUAACUAUGAGGAAGUUGGAGCGGAAGGUGUCAAAAGGGGAGAAGGGAAAGAUUACUAAACAUAUGUUUCAUGAAGCAGCAGCUAAUGGUCUACUCCUUUCAUGAUCUUGUUUUCUGUUUAUUGUUGUAAUUUUGUGCAUGUGCU